ACUUCAUGCAGAUGUGAUUUUUAGUUAAAAAUGGUUGGGAUGGGCAGAUUGGAAUGGGAUUUUAAUAAUUUCAGAUAGUUUCUGUAGUUUUAUUUAUAGACACACUUCCAAGUAUAUAAUUAUCCUGUAUAGUUAAUCAUUAACAAGCCGAUCAUUAAAUACCAGUAUUAUCCAGUACAAUAAAGAAAUUCACAGAGAAAAACAUUGUUGCUAUUAAUAAUAUUUAUAUACAUAGUGUUUACAAUCAAAUUUUAUUAUAUUAGUGCGUUAAUUAAUGAUAUAUUAUACGAUAAGGAUACUAAAAAUUAUAAUGACACUUAAACAAAUGCCUUGAGGAGUUUUCAAUAUCUGGCUCAGCAAAGCAAAAGUUUUUUUUUAUUGCACGAAUUCACUAUGUCUAAGUCAGAUCCACUAAAAUUGGUGACAGCAUUGUUUUCUUUCAAAGGACGAAACAACGAUGAGCUGUGCUUUAAGAAAGGAGAUAUUAUAACGAUAACACAGACUGACGAUGGAGGCUGGUGGGAAGGAACUUUAUACGAAAAGACUGGAUGGUUUCCUUCGAAUUAUGUUAAAGAGUACAGAAUACCAGAAUCCGGACAUACCACCGUAAAUCUCUCGCCUGAAAAAUCUCCUCCCGAAUUACCUGUUCAUCAGAAACUUAAUCGUGAUAUAGUAUUAAAAGAUAUUAUUGAUUCGGAGAGGGCAAAUGUUGCUGAACUUCAGAAUUUGGUUACAAACUUUUUACAACCUCUCGAAUCGUCAAAUAUAUUAAAAAAAGAAGAAUAUAAACAAUUAAUUGGAAAUAUACAAGACGUUCUAGAAACUCAUCAACGUCUUUUGUCAAAUUUAGAUAGUGCACUGUUACAAGAUUCUGAUGCAAGAGUUGGAAAUUUAUUUCUGAAUCUUGCUCCUCGUUUAAAAUCAAUACAUUCUAUUUAUUGCACUUGUCAUCCUCAAGCGGUUUGCAUAUUAGACCGUUAUAGGGACGAAUUAAAUGAAUUUAUGGAACGCAAUGGUGCUAUAACUCCCGGAAUAUUAGUUUUAACGACAGGUUUAAGUAAACCAUUUCGAAGACUGGAUAAAUACUCUGCCAUGCUUCAGGAACUAGAGAGGCACACUGAAAAAAAUCAUCCUGACAGAGGCGAUACUCAACGAAGUGUUUGCGUUUAUCGGGAAAUUGCUGAGCAAUGUGGAUUAAUGCGCAAACAAAGAGAACUUGCCCUGCAAAUUUUAACGAGCGGAAUUAAAGGUUGGGAAGGAGAGGAACUGAAUUCAUUGGGUGAUAUUUUACAUGUUGGUCCAGUAACAAUAAUAAUGGGCGCUGAACGACGAGAUAGAUAUUUUGUCCUUUUUCCUACGACUUUACUCGUUCUUAGUACGAGUUCAAGAAUGAGUUCUUUUGUUUACGAGGGGAAACUUCCAUUGACCGGCAUAAAUGCUGUUUUAAUAGAAAGCACAGACGAUUUGAAAAAUGCGUUUGAAAUAUCUGGUCCAAUGAUCGAGAAUAUAACCGUAUUAUGCACGCAUAAAGAGGACAGACAACAAUGGAUCGAUCUUCUAUCACAAGAGCAGGGCCUUGGUAUUUUGAGAUCUCCAACAGUGAUGCCCCAUGCAACGAAGAUAAUCAACGAGAAACAACAACAACAACAACAGCAAAUUGUGGAAAUUGGUCAAUCUCUAAGUACUAAAACACCUUGGAGUCUCACUUCAUUAAGACCAGCUCCACCUAUUUAUACAAUUAAGCCUUUUGGAAAAUCUGACUCAUCCGAGAACAGUUGGUCAACGAAAUUGUGCAACGAACGGCAGUUUGAGGAUGAUGCAACUAUUUUAAAAGUAAUUGAAGGCUAUUGUUUUACAGUAAACACCAGGUUUACUGUUCACUCUGCUAUGUUGGAUUAUGACCCACUUCAUAAUGUUCGCGAUAGAGUAUCCUUUAUGAAUAGUAAACUUGGAGAUGGAGAUUCACGAGAAGACAGGAGCUUAUCGAAAACUAUUGCGACCCUGAAACAUCAAAUGGUGGAUUUGCAGUGGCAAAUAUCGCAACUUACUUUACAAUUGGAGGAAGAAAGAAGAUCACGACUCUCGUUGGCUGCAACCGUUCAACGCAGCAUUGCUGUUAUUGAUACUCCCGUACCUUAAGGUAGUGUCGAUUUUUAAGAUUUAUAAAUAAUUCACUAACGUCUUUCCACAAAGAAAAAAAAACGAUAAAUAUUGUAAUUGUUUUCAAUUGUCUUUACCGAAAAGAGAGAGAAAUUUCAAACUUUUUAGAUACGCACACAUGUAUGUAUACACUGUUGUUAAAAAGUUGCCUUUUUAUGGGAAUGUUUUUGUAAAAUAGUAUAUAAUAAAUAAAUCUUUUAAGUUUGAUUAAUAA